GCUAAUGCGAUCUCAGAACACGGAGCAGAUAAAGAAGAAUUUAGCUUGUAAUCGAUAGCAUAUUGACAUCUUUAUAUGAGAACUUUGUAGAACUCAAACGACUGUUGCUUUUGCAUGAAAAAGAUGUCGGCCACGAGUUCCCCACUUUCACCGUGGAAUUUAUUGUGCGUCUAAAGUACAACAUAACCCAUAAGGAAGUCAACUGGUUAAUCUGGUCGAAAUUAAAAUGGCACUGAUACGGUUCUUAAUAUACCAAUGUAUAUUCUUGAGCUGCUGUUUAUUAUUGACAUGUCACGCUAAGGCGAUCCAGAAAGAACGCACUAGAAGAGCCGAAGACACUGAAAUUCGUGAAGACGAAUUUCCUUGGCCAAACUUUGAUUUUACUGGGGCUAGUUGGUCUUCCUACGAAAAAUGGACGGCUGAUUGGAAUGACCAAAUGGAACUGUAUGAAGAACCAGGUGAGAUUAUUCCGGGAUUCACUUUUACUGAUGCGUUGAACAUGUUGGGAAAAAUGUAUAACUCUCCGGACCUACGUCAUGUCAUGGAUGUCUUCUGCUCAGACGCCGGGCGCCAAGUCCAUAGAUUCCUCGGCAUGGAUGGAGAAAUGGUCCGUCUCGUCUGCCUAACCAUCAAAGAUGCUGUGAGCAAAGACAUGCCGAUCGAAGGAGUGGACUUGGUAUGCGAAAUGCUAGUGGGAGGACUAAGUAACGAUUACUCUAUCGACUAUGGACACUCAUCCUAUCAUGAGAGAAAGAAGAGGUCCCAUCCCGGAGAUAGAGUUAGUGGCGGUAUGCCGACAGUAGGGUAUGGCUCCUGGGGCGAUAUGGGAUACAGAUCUGACCAUGAAGACGCUUACUACAACGGGGAGAGUCAUUAUCCAGAUAUCGAGAACCCGAUAGCUGAAGCACUAGGAUUAAACUCAUCCAAUAUCAAUAUUACAUGUCACGAUGCCUGGAACGUUAUCACAGAAGAAACUCAACCCGCCACUUCUGUUUUUGACGAUAUUGUGGUUGAAUACUUCCAUUAUUUUGCCAACUGGGUCUGGAAUGGGUGCGUUGCACAUCAUAUGAAUGCCACCUGCCACGGCGACAUGUGCUACAGCGAAUUGCAUGGGUUCUUCAACCGCGGCCAUAAUUUAAGAGAAGCCGGUGAUGUAUCUCGUCAGGUUAUGUUGGCUAUGGAAUUCUUGACCCACAAAUUUGGACAUUUCGAUGAAUGGAUUGCAGACUCGGAAUGGAGUGCAGACUGGGAAUGGACUGCAGAUUGGGAUGUGGAGAUAAAUGCCGGAAAUACCGUAAGUCCUUCACCUUCGGUCACAUUUCCAGAUGGAAGUUGGAACGAUUUAGGCUUAUCUUCUAACUAUGACUACGGGACAGAAACAGAAAUUCAUCAUGGCAUUGGAUCAGUCGUUGUAAAUGUUUUCGCAUACCUUGCUGGAUUCAAUGCAACGGAUCAAUUAUGUGACCAUGUAGUGGGCUACCCGACCAUUGAGGGCAAUGACAAUGUAACUAACUUGAUUGAAGAGAUACUAGUACCACAGUUCUACCGUGUUUUAAAUGACUCAUUGUACUGCAGCGGUCUUCUACGACGAGCCAUUACCAAUAUGAACGAUACAUAUUCACAGGAGCUAUGUAAAAUUAUACAUGACUCGUUCGCCACUGAGCAAACACCUUCUCCCAUGAUGUCCGGCUUUAAUGGAAACUGGUCAUCUGAAGAAGGUGUGCCGGAAUUUGUCUGGGGUGGAACAUCUUUUUUUGACAGUCUACCGCACGUGCCUCUCGAAGUAUGGGUCCCACUGCUUGGUCAAAUGUACUAUUCGCAUAGCAUUUUUGAAGCUGUUCAAAACGCCUGCAAUUACUUUCCAACUUACAUGGUUGAAAAGCGUCUAGCGUCAAUGUGUAGAAGUAUCCAAGGAGACGAAUUUGACGCAUUUAUGAACACAUGCCAUUCAUUUGGCUUCGAAUGGUGGGAACCAGAAUUCCUUGACUACUUCUUUUCAGACUUCGAUCCUGGUGAAUGGUUGUUUGAAUCAGACUAUUGGGGACACUAUAAUCAUUGGGAACAUUAUGGCCCUUGGGGACAUCAUGGGCAUCAUAAUCAAAGCCAUAACUAUAGCUACAUGCAACAUGGAUCCCACUAUGACUAUUGGGGACAUAAUGGCUACUGGGGACACGAAAACCAUAGCUAUAGCUACAUGCCACAUGGAUCCCACUAUGACUCUUGGGGACAUCAUGGGCAUCAUAAUCAAAGCCAUAACUAUAGCUACAUGCAACAUGGAUCCCACUAUGACUAUUGGAGACAUAAUGGCUACUGGGGACACGAAAACCAUAGCUAUAGCUAUAUGCAACAUGGAUCCCACUAUGACUCUUGGGGACAUCAUGGCUACUGGGGACACCAAAACCAUACCUACAGCUACAUGGAAUAUGGAUCCCACUAUGAUCCUUGGGGACAUCAUGGCUACUGGGGACACCAAAACCAUACCUACAGCUACAUGCAAAAUGGAUCCUAUUACUGGGGAAGUACGUGGCAUGAUAGUUGGACUUAUGGUCCUUGGGAACCAUGGUACUACUAUGGUGAAGACAGAAAUGAGAUUGUUUUGCAUCAAAUUUAUAAUGACUUCGAGUAUGCGUUUCAAUCAGUGUCGCAUGUUUAUAACACGUAUGACUCUUCAGAUGUCUGUUACUAUUUUGAGGAUAUACUCCAAUGGGAUAACCAGGACAUAGGAUUUACGUUUAAAGACGUAUUGGAGAGGUUUUUUGAGAAUAUGAUGUACACUCGUGCUAGUGAUUGCGUGGAAUACAUGAACUUCAUAGAUUGCGAAGACUGUGAGGAGCCGACUCAUCAGCCGAGCCCGAGUGAAGCACAUUCUGAGGAUGGUGAAAUGCUCGACGUCCUGGAGUAUGUAAGGGUAGCUUUUACUUUCUUAAGCCGUUACGACGACUCUUACCAGUUCUGUUCCGUGGUAGUCAAUGCCACUGGAUACUAUUCUUCUUCAUAUUCUGACGCUGGCAACGGAAGUCUACGAGUUGACACAAUUGAGCGCAUGGUUAGGACAUUUUAUGACAUCCUUUAUGACGCUCGGAUUUGUGAGGAUUUCAUCGAAGCCUUCGAAGAAGCAGACUACCCGCUUUAUUUAGAGGAGUGGACUGGCAUCAGUGAUCCCGGAGCACUAUGCGAGAUGGUAGCCACAGCAAUGAACCCAACGCUGUCCCCGUUAGACUACAGCGAGGCCGUAUUUGCAGAUACAGAUUCAAUGAGUUCAUUUGGCCUCGAAUUUUUAUUUUUAAACUACCUGAAUUUUAAACAGAUUCUCGGCAUUUUCGGCGUAAUGAAGCGGGACGAGUUGGCUUCGGAAUCGAUGAACGCACUAUGCAGCUACCUUGUGCCAGGGUUUCAAUACAUGGACGAUAACAAGCUUCCAGCACUCUGUGAAGGUAUUAGAGAAGAUGAUAUGAUUGAGUUUCAUAACGCCUGCGUUGAACUUGUCGACGAAUUUAACGAAGGACGUCAGCACCAUUAUGACUACGACGGAUACCACGAACAUGACUACUAUCACUACGAGCAAGACAUUCCGGAUGAAAUACUACGGGACUUUGUGAAUGCCUUAUGGGUGAUUGAUGUUAAUUAUGAAAGUCCGUACGAUAUCUGCGGCUUCGUUUCUGAUACAAUGGAAUGGGAUUACACUGAAGCAGCAUCAGCGAUUACUAACGUUCUUCACCAAUUCUUCAUUAACGUCAUGUAUUCUCGCAAUAGUGACUGCUAUGAUCACAUUAUGGAUGAGGACUGCGUUGGCUGUGGAUAUAGCAUUCUAACAACACUAGGCCCACAAUUCGAAGAUGAGGGUGAGGGUGAUGGUGAGAUUGAUAAUGGUGAUGAUGCUGAGAUACCGGUACUAGACUACCUGAAGGAGGCGUUCGUCUUCCUUGGUAAUUUUAGGGAUAGUUAUAAAAUGUGCUCGGCUGUCAUUAAUGCUACUAGUUGGAAUUAUGACCUCUUGUGGCAUCAAUCUGGAGAAUUGCAAAACGAUUUGGCUGCCCGUUUCACAGACACGCUCUAUAACAUAUUCCACGAUGCGUCCCUUUGUGAGAGAUUCGUUGCUCACUUUGAUCUGCAAGGUCUUCGGCUUCCUGUCGAAGAGCUAACAGGCUAUGCUCCCAGUGAUGCGUGCCGGAGGUUAGCUGAAGCGAUGGAUGUGACGACGGCUAACGUGCAAUUUGACUACCCAGAAUUCCCAAGUGAGUUACCGAGCUCGUUCGAUUUGGACGAAAACAUCCUACAAGGCAGUGUGUUCCUACCUUACGUGACCUUUGACCAAUUCAUUGGAAUCAUUGGCGAAAUAAAGCGUCAAGACAACGGUCUGGGUGUUUACAACAUCAUCUGCAGUCACUUGGAGCCAGCUCUGAGGUUGCUAAAUGUCAAUGGUAUUGAUAUGAUAUGUGAUGCUAUCGAGGAUGGAGACUUACAAUCUACAGAAGACAAAUGCAUCCAAACCCUCGUCCCAUUAUACUACGGCGAAGAUUUUCCUGUCGGCUUACGGCCACUUGAUUUUGAUGAUCUGCUUGAAGAUCUCAUGACUGUUGUUGGUUACGACGAAGACCUGGACGUGUGCCCGAAUGUUGAUCACAUAAUAAAUGGCGACAAAUCACCAAAAGUAAUGAUUACCGAAGCCAUCGACGUAGCCUUGAGGAAUGUAUGGGGUGUAAUUAUUGGUGUGUGUCAAAGCUGGGAUGAAAUCAUCAACAUGAUAUCGCCCGAAUCAUCGUUCUUUGCCAGACCUCAUAGCUGGACCAACUACGAUUACGCUGUUGGCAAUGAGUUACAUGCUGUCAGUUUGAUAACUGAAGGCGAUAAUAUAAUUGGAAUCCUCACAGGAUUUGGUAAUAUAGCUGGUACAUGCGAUGCAAUCUUAGAAGCCGAGGAUCAAGGCAAUCUUGCUGUGCAUGAUCUGCAAGUCUUGCUGCGCGAAAGAGGGCUGGGUCUCAUAAGUAACGUCGAGAGAUGUAAACUGUUUGUCUCAUCUGCGUUUGAUAUUCUAACUGAUUUCUUCACUGACUCUUCUUCAUCUUCGUAUAUGCGAUAUUCGUGGAUGUCGUGGUACAAAGAAGAACAUAAUUUCGAACCAACUUUUGAAUACAUCACUGGUUUUGAAGACUAUUCAGGAUUCUGUGAAGCUCUUGUCACCGCAAUGACACAAGAACCAGUUGAAAUAUGCCGUGGACUUGUGGAUUGUACCGGUGUUUGCAACGGCGACGCUCAAUUUGACUGCGCCGGUAUAUGUAACGGACAGGCCGUUGUCGACUGUGCUGGAGAAUGUAACGGCGCCGCGACGACGAACCAAUGCGGCGAAUGCGUUGAAGGACGGACGCGUCGCUCGCAAAAUUUCGGCAUGGAUAAAUGCGGAAUGUGCAGGAAGAGAAUCGGAUAUAUAGAAAUGUGGGACUGUGCUGGAACAUGUAACGGUACGGCAUACCUUGAUCGAUGCGGCGACUGUGUUGGUGGCGAGUCUGGGGAAUCAAUAAGCAAAAACCGGCAUCGUCUUGACUGCAAUGAAGUCUGCGACGGAGAUUGGAUAGAAGACUCAUGCGGCUUAUGUGGACCGCCACCGAGGGCAGGUGUUACCUACCCUGGCGGAAGCAAAUACAUGGACUGCUCGCUAACAUGUAUUACGCCAGGCAUGAGUAUAGCUUUUGAGAACAAGUGUGGGGAAUGUGUAGGAGGACAAACCGGCCUCGAAGGCAACCAUGGUUUCAACGAGUGUGGUCAGUGUGUAAGCGCCUCGUACGCUGAUACCUCUUCUUGCGAAGGAUGCGACGGGGUAUUAAACAGUGGCAAAGAAUAUGAUACUUGCGGUGUUUGUGGAGGUGAUGGAACCGAUUGUGUUGGGAUCGGCAACGUCUUUCCCAAUUUCAUCCCUGCCAAUCAAGAUAUCUCGCUACAAGUUGAGGGUGCCGGAUUUACUACCGGAUCAGCAUUAUCCUGUAUCUUCACAAGUAGCGUCGGUCGAACUUUUAAUGGAGAGGUUACCGAACAUAGUUCAAUGACGUCACUAAAUUGCACGGCUAACCUAGAUGCUGGUAGUUACACUGUACAGAUUAGACGCGAUAGUGACACACCAACAGAUAUUUCUGCUAACCUUAAGGUAUAUGAGGAUGUAACAAUCGAAAGUAUCUCUCCAUUGUCUGUUGUUAUCGAUCCGGGAGCUGAUCAAGAAGUGUCUGUGGUUGCUACGGUACAAUCGGGCAACGAUCUAGCCGCCAUUCGAGCUGAGUCGAACGAAAAUUACGACGUAAAUCCGUCCAUUCUGCUAACUUGGGUAGACGGUACCCGUACUGUGCUUCCCGGAGUCUUCACGUCCGACACACAGAUAACAAUAACCAUACCAGUUCCGAACUACUCCAUGCGACUUGCUGCCGUAGCUUCCGUCAAUGGCGUCCAAGGACUAGCAACAGCUAGCGGCGAUCCAUUCACUCUCACAGCUUACUACCCAGCUCCGCAACUGGAACAAAUUCAGUUAACUUCGAAUGACGACUUACUGACCCUAAAAGAAGGGGCAUUGAGGAGCUUUCGGCAAGAAUUUUCAUUAGCAGCAAAUGGCUCAGCCACCAUCAGCGCACCCGUAUGGGCUCUCCGGCCUAAAGCAAUCCUUUCGGGCUCAGAGCGAAUCCCUAGCUGUGGAAAUAUUGACAUGGACGGGCGAAAAUCAACUGGAAGCGGGGCAAGGGCCUUACUGUUCCAGUGGUCAGUCUCUAGCAUCGGCAACACAACUAACAUAGAUGCCGAGUUAUCUAGAUUGAAUUCUGUAGACAGCGGCUCCCCUGAACUGUCUAUCAAUGGAAGUUUAAUCGAUGCCAAUACAGAUUACAUAUUUCAGCUUACCGUAACCAACUUUCUCGGCCAAUCAGAUUCAACGUAUCUUAGUGUUUACCGCUCGUCCAUCCUAGCACCUCAAGUUCAGGUGUUUGCUGAUGGGGCAGACAUCGAAGGCGUGAAGGUUUCUGAGAGUUUCCAUCUCUCGACUCUUGUGACGUAUUACUCGGCAUGCGUGCCACCAGGAGAAACGUCUUUCGAAUGGUCUACUAAUAAUACGGACGUAGCCAUGAACAUUAAGACAAUGUUUACUCGAUCGCUGCACGUUUCAUCCAAGUCACUACCAGGUGGCGAAGACAUCCAGUUCACAGUCAAAGUUUAUAGGUCCAGCGACCCGACAUCAUUCGUAUUGACAUCGAUCCUCGUCACUACUGUCAAAUCAGACUUGGUAGCCCGUAUCAAGGGUGGCGAUGAGUUCACUGUUGGACGUGCAAGUGGUAAUGUGCAGCUUGAUGGGUCUCUGUCCUUUGACCCGGAUGAAGAAGCUCGUGAUUGGGUUUAUGAGUGGCAAUGUUUACAGGUUGACGACAACAGUGCAUGCUGGUCUUUUGAUCCCGAUAAUAUUGGAAAUCUCGUCGUUGAUUCGUCAAACUCAGGUAGUCAAAUUCUCGAGUUUGACGCCUUAGCGUUAGAGGCCGAUAAAACAUACAAGUUUACUCUGAUUGUAAGCAAAGAAUUGAGAUCCGCUUCGGCCGUUGUCUCCAUUGCUGUUGUGAACGGUGAUCCACCAAAGGUGGAGGUACAACCAGUAAGUGACACGGGGAAGGUCAGCGACAAUGAAAACAUCUUCAUCUCUGCCUUUAUCAGCCACUCCGUAACGGCAGAGAUUACUGACGCUACCUGGAUAGCAACCGAUACUGACUCAGGCUAUGGAUUUGUAGACCUUGAGGAUAGCCGUAACCUAGCGCUCCCACCACAGUUAUUCAGGUUUCUACCUGGUUUCACCGUUUCCCUCUUGGGAAUCAGAAAAGGAGUUCUUGAGCGAGGCACUGAAUACUCGUUAUCUGCUACAGUUUUCCAAGAGGACGGCCAAGAAAGUUCUGCCAAAAUGUCGUUUGGCGUCCUCUCCGGCCCAACGUCUUGUGACUUCUCAAUUAACGAUUAUGAGGAGUUAACAGAGACCGAGAUCAGAACAGAGAAUUGUGUGACGUCAGAUAACGCGUACCCCUUAAGCUACCAGCUUUUUGUUGUAAAUAAAGAAGGAAACACAGAAGCAGUGACAGAGACGAGGUCAGAUCCAACGUUUAGUAUUCCGGGUAAAUCAAAGAUCGAAGGAAGCGAUACACGUGACUACGCAAUUAAGGUUUGUGAUACGAACUUUAUGUGCACGACGUACUUCGAUUCAGCUAUUGUUACCCAUAACGAAUUGAGCGCGGAGGAGGAAAAUGAGUUCAAACAUGAACAUGUUACAACGUUGAUAUAUUCAGGUGACUAUCUUGGCGCUUUAGUUAAUUUUAACGAGCUGCUAUUCUUCAAGGCUGCCGAUUCCCCAGAACGCCGUCGUCGCGAUAUCGUUGAGACGUCUUCAGACGAUGUAACGGAACAACUUCAGUUGAUAUCGCUAGAAAUUGACAACUCAGUCUUGACGACCAGUAGUGCUCUGACACUACUCGAUCAAGCCAACCUUGUUAGAAUUGCUGAUAUGUCCUUAUCUGACCGAAAUGAGUACAUAUCUUACAUUGCAACAAUCGUCCAAGUGUUCAUUGAUGACGGGACUGCUAUUCCUACCAGUACAUCGCAGUCAACACUUCAGAGGCUCACUGAAAUCCGAUCCAACCUCGACCCGACUUUCAAUGCGAACAUGUUAACGUCCAUCGGGUCCUUACAAGACACUUUGUUGAGUUCUCAGGCGGUGGAUCUUGUUCUCGGCGAAGAACCUCAGGUGAUGUCCACGUCUGACGUCACUACUAGUAUUGCUAAGGCUAUUCUGGGUGGUACCUUCACCACAUCUUCAUCUGCCACAGCCGCCACAGUGAAUUUCGGCAGCCAAUUGGAGAGCAUCUAUGGUGGUGCAUGGUCCUGCAACUCGGAAACUUGCUCCGGUGUUACAGUCAUCUUCCUUAAUUACGCCGAUGACGUAGAUUACCUCUCUACUACCGAUGACGACAAGAAUACGCGAGCAUCUAGCAUUAUCAACAUCAAGUUAGCUGACCCAAACAGCGGUGAGGAGAUUGAAAUUUCCGACCUGACUGAUCCAAUAACGAUGACGAUCCCACUGACGAAUGCACAAGCUGACGUCACAUAUGUGUGCCGAUAUUGGAACACCACUCAUGGUGUAUGGAGUGACGACUCAAUGGCAACUGGCUCAGUAUCAAGCACCGAUGUUCAAUGCCAGUCCUACCAUCUCACCAAUUUUGCUGUUUUCGCUGUUCCUAUUGAAGGAGAUAAUGACCUUACAUCAGGUACACCAGUAAUCGAAGUUGAGAAAGAAGAGGAAGGAUUGUUGAUGUAUCUACUUAUUUUCGGAGGGAUUGCUGUAUUGUUGUUGCUGGUAAUUGUUAUUCUUGUUAUCGUGCUCCACAAGAAACCUAAGAAGUCACUCGAAGAAGAAGAUGGAUCUCGUAAGACCAAAAAUCAUGCACCACAGCCUGCACCAGCACCACAGCAAGCAUCAGCUCCACCAGCAGCAGAAACAGCAGACCAACCACAACAACAGGCCCCUCAAAUUCACACUGUUCUCCAACCAAUCUAUAUUCAGCAACCAUACCCAUAUACAACUCAGCCAUUUAAUCAAACGCCCGUCAUUCCCGGUAAUCAACCAGCAGUAACCCUGGUUUCGCCAAAUGGUGAGCUCAAAUCCUCCACCCUACCCGAUUACACUGCGUCUUCUGCUGGACAAAAUCAAUCAGGUAAUUAUUCCAGCUAUGUACAGGCGUACACUGGUGGUAUGGCACCCGUAAUGGAAUCGUCUAUACCACUACCCCCAGCUUAUACGCCGCCGUCCGUGGGAACUAGCGGGUCCACUUCUACAAUCUCUGGCAGAAAAGUCACUAUUACUGAUCAUUGUUAACCUCUAGUAGUUAAUAUAAGAAAAACGCCGCCGUCCUCUGACAUCGGUACCACUCCUAAGAUCUCUGACAGAAAAGUAUCUAUCACCAAUGAUUGUUACCCUGUAGUUAAAUAUGUAUUAAUGUGAUAUUUUGUGUUUCAUGACGGAUACCACAUAAGCCUACAUUACGUACAAUGUUGAUUUAAGUUCCGUAACCACUUUAAAAGCGAGCAUCCAAUUAAUGGAACAUGUUGCCUCAGACCAUAAUAUAUUAUGCUUCAACUAAAUCUGUCUUCAAAUAGGCCUAUAUGUUGGAGCAGUAUUUAAUAAAACAUUGAAUUUGAGAACGUAAUAGGAAAAACAAUACAUGUAUUAAAAAUAAAUAAAUAAAUAAAUAAACAAAUAAAAAGGAAACAAGAUUAAGGAACGCUAGAGGAUGUUUAACAAAUGUUCUCUAAUUUUCUGGAACUAUUGCAUUGUCUGUUGGGGAAAGCCUUGUUCCGCUCAUAAAGUUAAUCACUUAAUUGUUUAUCGUUAUCUUUUAGCUAGUUUCGAAUUGAUUAAAUUUAACAUUCCUUUAUAGUUUUACUCAUCUAUUCAUAUGUAUAUAUAUAUGUAUGUAUGUGUAUAAUGUACGUGUGUAUAUAUAUGUGUAUAUAUUAUGUAUAUAUAUAUAUAUAUAUAUAUAUAUAUAUAUUAUUUUCGAUUGUAUCCUCAUAGACAAGUUAUUUUACCCUUAAUUUUAUUUGUUUUCAUUUCUCUUGAAUGUUCAAUGUUUUUGUUAUCUCUUUUAUUUUUAAGGGCUUUCCCGCUGCAAUCUUCUGAGCUUUUAAGGCAUUUUCCCAUUGUAUUUGUCAAAAAUGUUUAUAUUAAUUAUGAAAAUGGAAAUAAAUGUUGAAACGAGGCUCCGGAGGAAAAAUAUGUUUGAUAUACUGAUUUUUCUAAGACACAAAAUGCAUAUUUGAGAAUUAA